CGGACAUUUUGACGGAGGGGCUGGCGGUCGGCGGCCUGGAUCGCAGCAGCGGUUGGCGGUGCUUCCCUGACCGAGUCCCGGACGCAGCUGAUGGGCGGCGUGUGCCGGGAGGUGCUGACGCUGCAGCUCGGCCACUACACCAACUUCGUGGGCACCCACUGGUGGAACAUCCAAGAUGCUGCCUUGUGCUACGAUUCAGAUCGCAGUGACACAUACUCCGAGAUCAACAACAAUGUCCUUUUCCGUGAGGGGCAGACACUGCGAGGCCAGCCCACCUACACUCCUCGCCUCAUUCUCAUGGACCUCAAAGGGAGUCUGAGCAGCUUGAAGCAGGAAGGAGUUCUGUAUGGAGCCAGCCAGGCCGUGCCUGCACUAGCAUGGAAUGGGAGUCUGACUGUGCACAAAGAAGAUCCAGUGACAAAGAACCAGUUUCUGCAGCAACUCAACAGGUUGGGUACCGAUGCGCACAGUGAAAAUGUCACCUCAACAACAGCCCAGGGAGCAGAGAGGUCUGCGGCUGAGAGAACCUUCGACCUGUCUCAGGGUGCCCAGCGAUUGGAGAACAGUGUGAGGGUCUGGUCAGACUAUCUUGGGGUACACCUGCAUCCAAAGACCAUUUCUGUCAUCCAACAGUAUAACCACAACAGCACUUCCAAUCGCUUUGAAGCAUUUGGGUUUGGUGAGAAGCUCCUUCGUGAUCCAACUUUCUUAGAUGACCUUGAAGACCGCCUUCACUUUUAUAUCGAGGAAUGUGACUACCUGCAGGGCUUCCAGGUGCUUUGUGAUUUGCAGGAUGGCUUUGCUGGCCUUGCCACCAAGGUGGUGGAGUUGUUACACGAUGAAUACGGAGGGAAAGCCAUUUUCACCUGCGGCUUUGCGCCCACAAGCUACAUGGACACGGGUUCCAUGGCCACCGUCUACCGUCUGCUCAACUCCGUCAUGGGUAUCGUGCACCUGUCCAGCCGCAGCUCCGCCUUCUGCCCCAUGUCGCUGGACAGCAGCUUCCUGGGGCGCAAGCAAGUGACCCCAGUCCCUUUCCCACGUGUCAUCUAUGACGCAUCCCUCAAUUAUCACAGCAGCGCACUGUUGGCUACAGCCUUGGAGACUCUGAGCGUCCCAUACAGACUACAGUCUAACGCCAUGUCGCUUACCCAGCUGACCAACGCACUUACUGUCUCCAGCAGGAAGGUGGUCACUGCGUCUGCUGCCAUCCCCUUCGCCAUGAAGAGCACCGACACUCUCCCGGACGUCUUGGCCGAGCAACACGCCGCGUCACCGUGGACACCACUGACCCCCUAUGGCGAGGUUAAGGAUGUUCAGUGCUUCGCACAGUCUGUAGUGUUGCGAGGAGUCAGCAGGGAGCAACAAAUCAGUAACCUUCCACCGGGGGUGAAAGGACCCUCCAUUUUACACAGCUGUCCAUCAGGAGAAGAUGUCCUUGAAACGUUCCUGCAACACCACUUCCCAGCUGCAGUGAGAGCCAUCCAUCUUGUUCAGACCCCAUGUAGAGUGACUACACCGUAUCCACAGAUUUUCUCAGACUCCUUCAACAAACGGGGGCAGCUGGUGGGAGGUAGUCUCUCCUCAGGAAAUGCUGUGCAGAGCAUCCCUGUGUUGAGUGCACUGCAGAGCACUGCCACCACCUAUCAUGGCCUCCACGCCCUGUACCACGAAGUCAGUCGCCUCAACCUGCAGCGAUUUAGCACCUUCUUCAGCGCAGGCACAGAGCUGGACGACUUCCGAGAGGCCCUCGAGGAGCUGAGGACCCUGGCCCAGUGCUACAGAACGAACUUUGAGCUGGACGAUUUAGAUGAUGACUCUGAUGAGGAAUAAAGACUUGCAGUAGCGGUGACCCAGGACUGUGUCUGUGCUCCUACGUGUGCGAGUGGGAGCCUCAUCCUGCCCCCCACCUGCAAAUGUGGUGGUGGGAGGGUGUGGAGUGGUGCCUCCUCCCACCCAGUAUGCUCAGUGGGGAGCUUGGGCUUGUGCGAUGGAUGUGGGCACCUUCAGACUCGAGCUGGGGACGAGAACCCCUCUGGUUGAGAGCAUCUAACCUGGUUCCCGUUCAAAUUGCUGGAAUUGAAUCCCCAGACGUGUGGUUAGUGGUGGCAGAGAUUGACUGCCUGCCUUUGCUUCCUCUUGCAGGAGCUGAAUUUGAGAUCCCACUCCGGGUGUUAAAGGUUGUGGGCUUACAGCCUCACUGGUGGCGUGGGGGAUGAGAGAUUGCAGGGUAGGAGUAAUUGUUUCUCGUGUUUCAUCUGAGCAAAGAAGCUGUUUCUGGCAGGAUUUACUGCUGGUUUAUUGAUUAAACAUUGUAAUAAAGUCUCACCCUUUUGGGC